AGGGCAAAGACUUAACAUUAAAGGAAUUGAUCGAUUACUCAUCUGGGUCGUCUUCUCUAGUGGUUUUGAGGAUGGAUCAAGCUUCGUCUUCAUCGAAUGUUAAGGAAGAGAAGAAGUCUUCCACUGAGCAUGUGACCGUCGAUGAUAACGAGGAGAGAGAAGCUAUAGAGAUUCCUCUCUUCCAAGUGCCUGAAUGCUAUGUUUAUUUGAUACCUCCAAGGAAAAGUGCAGCUUCCUACAGAGCGGAUGAAUGGGACGUGAACAAAUGGGCAUGGGAAGGAGCAUUGAAAGUGGUAAGCAAAGGAGAAGAAUGCAUUAUCAAACUUGUAGAUAAAACCACAGGAGAACUUUAUGCUCAGGCCUUUUUGCGAGAUGGUGAACUUCAUCCCGUAGAAGCCGUAAUUGACAGUAGCAGAUACUUUGUUCUCCGUGUUGAAGAAAACAUAGGUGGUCGUGUUCGACAUGCUUUUAUUGGACUUGGAUUCAGGGAGAGAACUGAAGCAUAUGAUUUCCAAGCUGCACUACAUGACCACAUGAAGUACUUGAACAAGAAGAAGACAGCAGAAGAAAUGGAACAACACUUUCAGAACACUUCAUCUGUCGAUUACAGCUUAAAGGAAGGAGAAACCAUUGUUAUCCAACUAAAAAAUAUGAGCGAAAAAGACACAAAGUCUAAGUUGGUAGAUAAGAGUCUGACCAAUCUCAAGUUGGAGGAUAAGGGCAAGUCAAUAGAAACCACCAUUCCUUCAAUUAUCCCUCCUCCUCCACCUCCUGGGCCACUUUCUCCUGUCACAACCGCUCAGAGGUCCCCUCAGAAGUCCCCACCAAGCCUCAGCCUCCAAAGAUCAUCUGAACAACAAGAUCUAGAUACAAAGCGAGAAGAAGUAGAGAAGAAAGAAGACCAAGAAGCUAAAGAUACAGCCGUUGAAGAUGCACCAGAUGAUGACUUUGGAGAUUUCCAAGCUGCAGGCUGAUUUAACCAUUAAGUAUUUUACCAUACAGAAAGCAUCCUUUUAUAAGUAAUGUGAACUGAUCAAAGUUUGGAUUGUGUUUGCUUCUAAGAGAGAGUCCAUCUUCUGUACUAUUUCUCUGAACUUGUGAUUAGAUAAAACUUUGAGGUCUUUUUCAUUCAUUCACCAUACAAAACUUAUGAACUGCAGGGGGAAUAAAAACGAAUUCUCUGCAAUUAUAAGCUCUUUUAACUACUCUUCAGAGACGAACUUGAGUGUGCUUCUCUGUUCUUCUGCAAAUCUAUUACAACCAUCAAGAA